AUGGUUCGGCACAAGAAAACUACUUACGCCAUUCUUACUCCCGAGCACCGUUUCCAGUUGCAGGAGGACAUCCGUUUGAGGGGCGCCGCUCUGGUCGCAGCGGGCAUGCCUCCGGACUCGCCGGGGCCGGAGGAGAUUGGGGAGGUUGUGGAAGUGGAGGGGGAUGCGUCGGAGCUCAUGCAGGGAGUUGAUCCAGUGGGGGUAUAUGUGAUUGAGGAAGAGGAGGGGGGUGACGAGGAUGACGAGGAUGACGAGGAUGGCGGGGACGAGGAUGAUGAGGGCGAUGAGGAAGGCGUUGACGAGGAUGACGGGGACGAUGAGGAUGGCGAUGACAAGGAUGACGAGGACGACGAGGAGGGGGUGACGUGGAUGACGAGGACGACAAGGAGGGGGUGA